UGAUCGAACAUCUUCCGCAGGAGCUGCGCGACAGAUUCACUGAGAUGAGAGAAAUGGACCUGGGAGUGCAAAGUUACUGGAAAAUUCCUAUUUCCAAGUGGGAAUACCUGGAAAAGUCAGGGAAUUUCAUAUUCCGAAAAGCGUACAAACCCUGUUACUCUGCGUGUCAUAAUGUAAAAGAUUAUGGGAUACAGCGCAAGAACCGAGUCAUUCUACCACGAUUGUCUUCGUAGUUUCAAUAAUCUGUUGUAAACUUUGUAGACUCGAUGGAUAGCCUGGAGAAAAAGGUGAAAACCUUCUUUUCAAACGCCAAGAAAAUGAAGCCAAGUGACAAGGAGGCGGAAUAUGAAACGAUACGAAAAGACUAUUACAAAACUUUAGAAGAUGCCGAUGAAAAAGUGCACUUAGCUAAUCAGAUGUACGAUUUGGUGGAUAGAUACUUGAGGCGACUUGACCAAGAGCUUCAUAAAUUUAAAAUGGAACUUGAGGCUGACAACAAAGGAAUUACAGAAAUAUUAGAAAAACGAUCCUUAGAAUUGGAUCAACCGCCAACCAACAGUAGUCAAAAAGAGAAUCGUUAUAGUUUUACUUCUACUAGAACUCGGGACAGUCACGGACAUUCACGGUCGGAGAAACGGAGAGACUCCAACGCGUCCUCGGUAUCGGUAGAAAAACGAUUAGUGAUUGAAAAAUCGUCGCAAAGUCUUCCAGAAUCACGACCAGCCUCGGCAAAUUCUGGUCCAAUAAUUGCAACUACUCUGCCGUCCGCGCCGACGGCAAUAGCUAGUACAGUUGGUCCGGUCAAUUACGGUUUAGGGCAUAUUGGCGCUGGUGGUAACGCGAUAGCUGCUGCUGCAUCGCAGGCAAUUGCUGCAACGCAACAAAUGCAGCAGGGACGGCGAACCGCCAGUCUUAAGGCGAGCUAUGAAGCCAUUAAUACCGGAGGUGUUCACGCGGCUGAAUUUAGUAGGGAAUUAGCUGGUGCUGCGCAGACUGCUAUAGCUGCCAUUCAAGAAACCACCAAGAAACAUAAAAAAAAAGUUAAUACUACAGUACCUAGUACCAGUGUGAUACCAGCGGCAGUUCAACAACCCGUGUCUCCCCCUGGAGUAACGGCUACAGCAACAGUGACAGAUGCAGAUAAUACAGAUUGGCCGUACGACCCGAACGAGCCGAGAUAUUGCAUAUGCAAUCAAGUGUCUUACGGCGACAUGGUUGCUUGCGAUAACCAGGAUUGUCCGUUUGAAUGGUUUCAUUACCCGUGUGUCGGAAUUUCUGCGCCACCGAAAGGAAAAUGGUAUUGUCCGCAGUGUACGUCUUCUAUGAAGAGGCGCGGUGGUCGGAAAAAUUAAUGAGGAAAGAUAUUUUUUUGAAAUAUAAACACUAAGGAUAAGGAAAAGUAAAAACAAAAACCGUAAAAAAAUGAAUACUACCUCUUAGCUACUAUCUGCCGAUUUAUUAUCAUCAAUUUACAUAGAACAGUCGACGCGAAUCUGAUGUUAGGUUUUUUUGUUUUUUAUAACUAUAGAAUAUGAAUUUUCAAGUUUAAGUUUUGCUCUUGUAUAGCGCAAAACCUGAUUCGAGUCAUAAACUCGUGUUUUAUAAAUGUGAGGGAUAUAAUAGCUUAGUUUGAGAAGUACCUAAUUAAACUGCGUGGCAUUCGUUUUUUUCCACACACCGCGUUUUUACCUGGGGAUUAUCUUGCAGUUAAAAAAAAAGAUGAGAAAAACGAACAAUAAGAAGAAAAAGUAAACUCUGUCAACAUUGGCGAAAAAUGUUUUUUUACCUCAGAUAUUACGUUCAACGGUCCCCAUAAGCUCAUUCGUUUGUAACCUUAUUGUGACCUUGUCUCUCUCUCUCUCUUUAAACGAUCUUGAUGUGUUUCGUAUAGAAUUUGUGACCGUGGUCAAGCUUAGCCAAUGUUGUAUCGAUCUUUCGAUCGUUACAAGUUCAGUAAACAAUGAAAAACAUACCAACUAUAUAAGUGUUAUGUGCUUUCAAAAAAUAAGGAAACGGAAAUGAAAGAAACCAAAAAAAUUUCACGAAACUAAAACGACUAAAAAAAUGUUUUAAAUCUAUAAAUAAAUGUAGCAAGCAUAAUAAUGUGUAAUAAGAUGUGUGAUGCGAUGGCACGAUUUGUCGGAAUCGCCUCAUUAUGAACGGUACAACUCCUGUCAUUGUAGAUAAUUGUAGAUCCAUAUCGUCAGUCGGUGGCAGAGCUCAAACUCACGAACAAAUGGGGAGGAAAGCUUUGGAGUUGAGAUGGCUAGAAGGGUUGUAGCGAGAAAGACACUCAUUCGUUCAUCACUUCAACAAUCCCUGGUUCCAAUUUCUCACAAAGAUAGAAGUUGUACUGUACAUUAUUCCGUUUCUCUUAAUUAUCUUACCGUCCUCAGUCGUAAAAUAAUAAAAGAGACGAUCGGUCAAUUGUGGUACAUUAACAGGCCAAACUGUCAUUAGCAAAUCCAAAAGUAUACAAAAAGAGAACAGAAAAAAAUCAUGUAAAUUCAAGAAGACAGGCUGACUACUAUUUCCGUAGGACUAGGACUAUGAACAUAAUAAAUGUAAUAUCUUGACGUGUAAUAAAUUGAACGAAAAAACGGCAAUUAUUU